CGCCACCGGGCAACGGCCGCCGCGUAACGGCCGCCACCACAGCGCCCGCGCCGCCGUCCCGUCCCAUCUCGUCCCGCUCCGCCCGCCCUCAUGGAGCUGUCGGCCAUCGGGGAGCAGGUGUUCGCGGUGGAGAGCAUCCGCAAGAAGCGCGUGCGGAAGGGUAAAGUAGAAUACCUGGUGAAGUGGAAAGGAUGGCCCCCGAAAUACAGCACAUGGGAGCCAGAGGAUCAUAUCUUGGACCCUCGCCUGGUAGUGGCUUAUGAAGAAAAGGAAGAGAGAGACCGCGCUUCAGGGUACAGAAAAAGAGGCCCCAAACCAAAGCGCCUCCUGCUGCAGCGGCUGUAUGGCAUGGACUUGAGGAGUGCACACAAGGGAAAGGAGAAGCUCUGUUUCUCUCUUGCACGGAGGUUUGGAGGAGGAGACAGUAGCCUGCCAGGGGCCAAGACAGGGCAGGCAGAGUUCUCAGAGAAGACUGGGGGAACAGUCCUGCCAUUCUCUCUCCGGAAGCAACGCAAAAACCAGAAGUACCUGCGACUGUCAAGGAAGAAGUUCCCCCGCAUGACGAGCCUGGAGAGCCGGAGCUGCAGGUGUGAGUUCUUCCUGAACGAUGCAGUGGGCCUGGAGGCCAGGCAAAGCCCCGAGGACUGGGAGGCCGUGCAGAACACCAGCAAAGAAGCAGAUGUGGAUGGCAGUCUCCCUUGGAUUCCCACUGUGCCCCCCAGCGAAGUGACAGUGACAGACAUCACGGCAAACUCCAUCACCGUCACUUUCAGAGAAGCACAAGUGGCCGAGGGCUUCUUUCGAGACCGGAGUGCGCAGUUCUGAAUCUCUGUUUUCACUGCUCCCCAAAUCCAGUGCUUUUAGGGUGGGGCUAGGGAGGGGUUAUUUUAUCCCUUAAGGAAAAAAAAUCCAAAAUGUCUCCUUAAAAUGUUUACAGAGACCUUUUCUUUUUCCUCCUUUUUCCCCUUUCAGAUACGCAAAAAAAAAAGGGGGGGGGGGGAAUGCAGCAUAGGGGGUGUGUGUUUGUCAUUGCUUUGUCCAUCUGAAAAACUGACAGCCCUUUCCCUGGCAAAGACUCCCCUCCUAGAUGUGAAAGCAGCAAGCUGAACAAUUCCCCUUUUAUCCUGCUAAGUGGCGGCAGCUGCGUUUGUGGGGAGAGGGCAUGUGGAGGUGGAAAGAGAGCUGGAUCUCUAGUGCUGCCUUGUUCUGCGAUUGAUAUCCCCUGGAUAAAGAUAUUUCUCUGUGCAUUGCUCUUCCCACCUUCCUCCUCCCUCUCUCCAUCCAGCAGCGAGAGGCGAUGGAUCCUGCCUGUGUAGAUAACUCCAGCCUGUUAAGACUUUCUCUCCAGUGCUGUUUUCCCUGUGGCCUGCUGUCAGGACUCCAGAGCUGUGUUUGCCUGCCUGUGGUAAGUAAGUCUGUGCAGCACAGGUCCAUCUAGAUGGCAGAGGUUUCUCCGUUUGCUUGUUGAUCAUGCAGGGAAGCCUGAAAUGCAUCCCUGAAAUCUAGAUUGGCUCCCUAAAUUCGAUUUGUCCUCAUUAAAGCUCAGAAACCCAGCACAGGCAAGACAUACCGCUCUGUCUACGCUAAACGAGAUUUCCAGGCUCGUCUGUGCUGUGUGAGAAAUGUGUUACGGAAAGUGGGGUGUUCUUAUCCUUUGCCAAAUUCUGUAUUAAUGACAAAUGCUGCCCUGAAUCCGUGGUAGUAGUUGUUUGAAAACUGACUCCUGCUCCCUGGGAGGAGGGGCUACCAGGACAACUGAAGCAUUGCCUGGCACUGCAAAGAUAUUCAAGAUACUGGCACAGGCCCAGGACGCAGGAAUUGGACAGAAUUGAGCUAGAAAUGGACCUUGAUUAGCAGCAAAUUCUGUUCUUGGAUGCCAUUGGGAGAUCCAAGGUAAACAACAUGUGGGGAAGGCAUGCAUUAGAGUUGAAGAGGGGGAAAAAAAAAUCUUAAUUCUUAGCAAUGAGAAUUGUUGGAUUGUGCUGUCGGAGUAAUAAUCUGCCAUGACUCCAGUCUCCUCACAGUAUCUGUGAUCCUGUAGUACUUUACUGAUGGGAACUUCCCCUUGGAAGGCUUAAAACUCUUUGCCAAGGAAAGUGGUCUGCAUUUCAAUAGACCCCGCCUGAUCUUGCACUUAAAAAUGCCUUGUGCUGGACUGCCUGUGACACUUUGAGGUUUUUGAAGAAUUGCUGUCUUUUGAGUUGGUAGUUUUAACAUCUGUUCUCGCACGUGCAUAUUCUCUUCCAUUUUUUAAAAAAUCAAGUUUUAUUUAAAUAACUUAAAAUUUUAUAGACCUUUUCCUAUGGAAAGCAAGAAAAGUAACCUAGAGUCUGAGGUGGGAACUGCCAGAGAGAGUGCUGCAGAGUAGUUUUGGCUGUCGUGAUUACUGUCCUUAAAUCUUUUUCUCCCUUUCCCCACUCUACACAAUGCAUCUCUGCUGUAUUUAUAGGAAGCCAUGCGCCCUCUGAGCUCUGAUGUAAAGACACCUGUGGAACUCCGCAGCGUGCAGUAGUUCCUUUGCAAGGCUUUGGCUGCUAGCCUGCAGAAUUUGGGAGAAUUUGGGAGCUCUGGGACUUCUGGUCAUCCAAACAUCUGCUUUUUGCAAAAUGCUUGGACUGCCCCAAAAGCUUUUAUUAAAAGCAGGUUUUAUGGCAGAUAGGAUGUGACAGGUCAGCGUAGACUUAGGAUUUCCCCUUCCAUCUCAAAGCUGUUUGAACAGGCCUGUAUUCUACUGUGUCACAGCAGUUUCAGGGCUGCUGGGAAGAUCCUGAAUUUCUGGACUAAUCUUUUGUCUCCCAAAGAAGUGACACGAAAGUUUAAUUGUGGAGAAAUCAGAGAGGGCGAGAAGUGGAAGGGGGGAAGAGUUAUGUGGUGGGAGGAAGAGCGAGUGGGAAAGAAGCUUAGAAUAGCUAGCAAGGGCAGAAUGGAUGAGGUAAGCACACAGGCCCAGGAUGUUUGUUGGAAGUGGGUGUCUGGAGCAAGGCUUCCGAGUCUGGAGUCACAUCAUAUAAACAGGAUCACUCUUCUGCAGCGCAUGGGGUCACACAGUCUCUCUCACUGUCACCCCCUACACACACAUGCAUGCACGCACACACGUCUUCCUGACACCUGCUAAAUAUGCUGAAUACCUGCAUCUCUUUUAGCUGUGACCUGUGGUCUUUCUCCAUGGCUGAGUCCACUCAUCAGGGUUGCAGCAGGUCAGGUAGUUAUGGUUGCAGAAGCGUAAUGUUUAGCUCGUUUUUGGAAAGUUGUGAACUCCAGCUCAUCCUGUUACAAUUUCGUGGCAUUUGUUAGAUCUGUUUUAAUGCAGCUACUGCCACCUUUGUCCUGUCUCCAUCGCAGUGUACAAAUGCACCAAAAAGCUUCCUAUUUACUAAGGUAAACAGGUUUUGGCCGUUUUUACUGACAGUGGAAGCAAUACCAAUCCUGUGGCAGGGAAGAGCUUGUCCUAGUAAACUGGAUUUCCGUCUUCUGCUUUUUCUUUUUUCCACUCACCAGCUGAGACUUCUCAAUGUUUUGUUUUGGCAUUUCUCUUUAAACAUCUUUUCUUCCUCUAGCAGUGGAGUUUUCAAAAACCUGUGGUGUUUUUUCAAAGAUGAUACACCCACAGCUUCAUCUCUUAAUCAUGUUUUUGGAUCAGGCCAGCUUGUGUUCUUCUGGUGACUAAUCACCUUGCUACACGAAGCAAGAUACCUGGCUACCAUGCUGCUUUCUGUCCAGGUCAGUUAGGAGUUAACCCGUAUCAGGUUAAGAUCCAACAAGUUGCAUGUGCGUGGGUUUGGUGUGUGUGCGUGUGAGGAGGAGUUUGUGGCAGGAAACUAAGCAGCUACUAUGGGGUGGGUUUUUUUCUUGGCUUUUUGUUUUUUUUUUGACAUUCAUGAAUUCUUGCUUAUCUUAAAGAUCUUUUGAGAAGGUUUUUCUCAGCUUAAGAUGUGGCUCUCUUCCAUGCUGUCUGGUGACAUAUUGUAGACUUCCUUGGUGGAGCUGGUCUUCAGGGACUUUAAAAUUAGCUUUACUCCACUUCCGCAGGUGUAGAGAUGUAUGGGGAUUUUUUACUUUUGGUGGCAGGAGAGGCUCUCUGGUUUGCUUGUCUCUUUUCCCCAGUCCCGUCCAUUUGUGAGUUCGGCCAAAAAAUCUGAAAGUUGAAUUGGGACCUCUCGAGCUAGCAUAUCAGGAAAAUCAGAUGCUGUGCUCAGAAUUUCGUUAAACAUUCCGUUUGAUUAGGAGAGCCAGAAUAGCAUCCAGCUGAAGCAGAGUUUAAUAAUUCUAUUUGAAGCACAAGCUGAGAAUAGAAAUGGGCUAACUCUCCCAUACCUCAUUUGGCUCCAUGGCUAUAAACAAGGAAAACAAACUUCAACUUCAGCCAGUGAAAAUUACUGAAAUAUGCUCAAGGAACAAACUUCUCCAAGAACUGUUCCAUGUAAGAAUUUACCAGUCGUGUUUAGGAGACAAGUUUUUUUCAUAAAUCUGCUCACAAUAAAGUCACUGUGUAUGAUACGACAGGACUGAGGGGCUUCUUGAGACUGUAAAAACCUUUUUUUUUUUUUUUUUUUUUUCCAACUAGUGUUAAUAAAUAACUGGAAAGGACUGCCUCUGUUCCUGGCUGGUUAUAAACUAGAUGUUACUGCUUGGAUAUGUAAGUGAUGCCUUGGAACAGCAAGUUUCAGCACGUAAAUAGUGGCAUUAAGUAGCCUCGUAGCUCCUGCAUGCUCCUUAUUGUCUUGCCUUUGCUUGGGGGCCCUCUUGCUUGUGAAGUCAGACCAAGGCGUUUGUUUUAUUUUCUUUUUCAAGCAUAGCCAGGAUAUCGUUGUGAGAACACCCAGGUGCCCUUCUGUUUUCCAAAGUAAACCUAAAUUUGUUAGUGACUUGACCCUUGCUUAUGUCAGAGGCUAAGGCAGAAAGAAGCUUAUUGAGAAAUGAAUGGCUUUUUUUGGUUGUUGUUAGUGUUGUGAAACUGUCCAGAAUUGUUCUCCUAGUGUUUUUUUUUUGACUGAAUGUGUAAAAAUAUUUGUUCACCUCACAGGGGGCCAGUGGCCCCAGUACUGUUUCCUGCUGUACGCCAGCUAGUGUUCUUUGAUGGUUUUACUGGAAUAGAGACGGGAGGCCUUGCACAGG